AUGAAGCCCUACGAGGCUGCAGGUGGCUUGUACUAUAUUGUAUACAUUCGCUUACUAGAUGGCGGUCUCGGUCCUUCCGUUGUGGUGUCUACUCGAGACCACCUAAUCUGGCGCCCAACCUCCGUAUUGGCAUACGGUAUCGCUUGCAAGACUAUCUUGAUCAGGACUUUCACCGUGGCUGUUGAUACGGCAACUUUUUGCACGACGGUUUUCAGCCGCUCCCUUGUACCUCUAUCUAUGAGCGACGGCUUCUAUCUGCCUUUGGACUCUGUUGUCAACCCAAAAUCUAAACCCAACACACCCAAGAUGGAGACUACAGCUAUCCAUAACCAUGGGGUUCACACAAACAAGGACAUUCCCGAAGUUACUGUCGCCGAGAUCAGUUCUGAAAGUUCAACUACGGAGCAUGAGAAUAUUUCCGCUAGGGAAGGUCCUGAAAUCAAGAUGACUGAGGAUCAGGAGGCUCCCCUUCAUGCUACCCAUCACACUAGUACACAUUCUCCCCACAAUCAGAUCAUCCCAAAUCUAUCCAAUGGUCAAUACGCCACCACGCACUUCCCACAUACCGGUCUCACUAUCCUUCCCCUCCCUCAUGAAGGUGCAGGUUUCACUCCCCCCGGAUUCCGUCAUUCCAAUCCUGAUGUCAACAACCUUCCCUUUCCUCGCCCAACAAGUCCUACCGGAUCUGUUCGCAGCUCGUACGGUAGUACACGUCGCCGGAUAAUCCGUCGCUCAUUCAGCGGUGGUCACUCCCAUGGACACUAUUCUGAGGUUUCCAAAGAGCUCACGCUCGCAGCUGAGAGCGAGUUUCUUGCUCUUAUGGAGCUCAUGUCCUCCAUGUCUCGUCGCAGCUCCUCAUUAAAGGAAGUCUGGAUGAAGUUAAUCGCCGAGCGAGAAUCUCACUACCAUGAGAUGGACCGCAUGUACGAGCGCAUCGAAGAGUACACCGAGAUUAUUGAAAAGCAUGAGCGGGAAUCACAUUCACACAAUCACGAACAUGAGGAACGCAAGAAGGAACUUGUCAAAGUUCGCUUGGAGUUUUCUAUUGCAAUCGCUGCUGUCUCCGAGUGGAAGAAGAAAUUCGAAGACCGUAAUGGCGACCUUGGGAAAGCCGAUUCACGCAUCUCAGAACUUGAAGACUUGUUCAAGUAUUCACAAGAGCGCUAUGAAGAGUCAAAGACCAUAGUGGAGCAGAAGAGUCUAGAGAUCAUUGCGAUUCGUGACCGUUGCGAACACGCAGAAAAAGACGUCAGGAAACACGAAAAUGAAGCUGAGGUCUUGAAAUCCAUGUAUAAGAAGCUAGAAAGCAGCUUCACGGAGAUUUCAAGCAAGUACAAGUCUUCUCAGCUGGAGAUAACUACUCUCAAGGCCCAGAACGAAACCUACGUCAAAGAACGUCACGACUGGAUGCAUGAAAAGGGCGAGCUUGACGACAAGCUCCGCAGACGCGACCUAGAGAUUGUAAAUCUGAAGAGUGAGAUUGAGGAGGCCAAUACCACAAUCAAAAAGAAGAAGCGCGAGCUCCAUGAGUCCGAGGAGUCCAACAAGAAGCUCUCAGAAGCUCUCAAGAAGAGCAAGCACCUCAUCGAAGAGCAAGAAGAAACAGUCAGCAAAAAGAAACGCGAAUACAAAGAACUCCUCGUCCGCUACGGCAACAUCGAAGAUACCUGCGGCAAACUAAAGACCAAGUGUCUGCACUACGAAGAACAACUCUCCACCUUUAAGCAAACCAUUACCCGCCUCGAAACCGAGCGCACCACUCUCCAAGAAACCCUCACUGAAGUGCGCUCCAAAUACAGCGAACUGGAAAUCGUCCACGAAGAACUCAAGCGAGAACACCACGGCAAAUGCAAAGAGUCUGAAGACCGCUACCGCCUCAUCAUCACACACGAGCAAACCAUUAUGCGCCUCGAAACCUCCCUGAAAGAAAAGUCGGAACUCAUCCAUACCUACCGCGAAACGAUAGAACGCCUCACAAUCGAUCACGAAGAGUCCAAAAACCGCUGCGAAGACCUAAUUCUAGAGCUCACGACCUCGACCUCAACCAUCGCCUCGCUCAAGCUAGAAAUGGACGUUCUAACCACCGAGCGCAAUUCCUACUGUGAACGCUACACCGAGUGCGAGGCCCAGUACCUAGAAAUCUGCCAGUGGCGCGACGAGUUCCACGGCGGGAAUAGCGAGUUUGAGUACGAGAUUGCCAAUCUACGCGGUAUGCUGAAGGAUGUACGUGAGGAGCGUGAGCGGGCAAUUAAGAAGCGCGAGGAGGCUGAUCGGGAGCGCGACGAGGCGACGAGCAAGUAUGAGAGUGGAAGGAUCAUGAGAGACAUUGUGGGCAUGGGGGUAGUCAUGGCCAUCAUGGGGGGCAUGUACAUGUAG